AUGCGCGAGAACCGAGAUCAGCCACUCGCAAAGCGUAUUCAGCAGAAGCUUCAGAACCAAGGAUUCUUAACAUCCGAAGAACUCAACCCGUUCCUUCUCCAAGCAAUACGAAAUGCAAUGAUAAAUCAACAAUCUUAUAACGGUAUCCUUUUGGAUGGCUUCCCAAGAUGCAUGGAGCAACUAGGAUCGUGGAAUACAUGGCCGUUUUCAGCCGAUCUCACACUGAAAGGUGGUAGUAAACCGGACGUUGUUCUUUCUUUUAAAGUUGAUAAGAAGAUUGCUAAGGAAAGAUAUUUGACACGGGCGCGGGAUGGUAAUGAUAAUGAUGGGGUGUUCGAGAAACGGUUUGCCGAGUAUAUAUUAGAGACUGUACCAGUCGAAGAGGCCUACCGAAAGCGUGGCAUGUUGAUCGAAGUUGAUACGAAUAGCACCAAGGAAGAAAACCUCGCGCUAUUAUCCAGACAGCUCGACGACAAUAAUCUCUGGCAAGAGCUCAUGACAAGUAACAUUAGAGGAAAGUCUUUUUUCGUUGUCUAA